CGAGCACUGCAAGCAGGGGAAGCCUCGACAUGGGCACCUGGAAUUACCUCUGGCAUUUCAUCCUCUCUGUUUUCCUCUAUACCAUAAUGACAUUAGAGGGAAAAGACACAGCGGCUGCCACCACUGAGAAGCGUGUAAUGUCAAGAAGCACAAACAACAGAACUGGCCCAGCUCUAAACAGCUCAAAUCCCUCUCUGACAGAGCCCAACACCCAAAACCUCCUGGGCACAACCUCACUGUCCCCCUCCAUGAUGAUGAUGGUGGGUGGAGGUAUGGAUGAAGGGAGGAUGGACACUACACCCACAACAUCAACACGGCAAGGGAGCUCACUGGGGACGUCUCCCGGGAGUGAUGCAGUGAUGCCAACAUUCCCAAUAGGGAAUGGCACCACCACUGUCCCCAGCACAGGCACAGAGAGUGGCUCUGCUUCCUCCCCACAUCUCAGCUCAGGCACAACGAGCCACUCUUCCUCCUCCUCCUCUCCUGAGAGCUCCCCAGCUGUGACUCCCAAUCCACAGCAAAGCAGCACCACUGGGAUGCCCUUGGCCACCACAUCCCGCCCAUCCACAGCACACAUGUUCUCCUCUCCGUCCUCCACUGCUGGCAUUACGAGUGCUCAGUUCUCUGCUGGGACAGCAGAGGCCAUGUCACAGGGCUCAACUACCCCCAGACCUGUGGCUCCCACCUCCAGCACCUCUCCUGCCUCAGGCACCACUGCAUCCGGCCCUUCAUCCACACCAGGCAGCAGCACGGAGACACCGGCACCUCGACACACCUCUACACCCCUCACACAGGGACAGCCCGCAGAGGAGGUGAUGGCCACUUCAUCUCCCAUAAGGAGCUCCUCGCCUUCCACAGCCACAGCCUCUGCGGACAGCUCCUCACCUUCCACAGCCACAGCCUCUGUGGGCAGCUCUUCACCUUCCACAGCCACAGCCUCUGUGGGCAGCUCUUCACCUUCCACAGCCACGGCUUCUGUGGGCAGCUCCUCGCCUUCCACAGCCACGGCCUCUGUGGGCAGCUCCUCACCUUCCACAGCCACGGCCUCUGUGGGGAGUUCCUCACCUUCCACAGCCACAGCCUCUGUGGGGAGUUCCUCACCUUCCACAGCCAUGGUCUCUAUGGGCAGCUCCUCGCCUUCCACAGCCACAGCCUCUGUGGGGAGUGCCUCACCUUCCACAGCCACGGCUUCUGUGGGUAGCUCUUCACCUUCCACAGCCAUGGCCUCUGUGGGCAGCUCCUUGCCUUCCACAGCCACAGCCUCUGUGGGCAGCUCUUCACCUUCCACAGCCACGGCCUCUGUGGGGAGUUCCUCACCUUCCACAGCCACAGCCUCUGUGGGCAGCGCCUCACCUUCCACAGCCACGGCCUCUGUGGGCAGCGCCUCACCUUCCACAGCCACGGCCUCUGUGGGCAGCUCCUCACCUUCCACAGCCACAGCCUCUGUGGGCAGCUCCUCACCUUCCACAGCCACAGCCUCUGUGGGCAGCUCUUCACCUUCCACAGCCACGGCCUCUGUGGGCAGCUCUUCACCUUCCACAGCCAUGGUCUCUGUGGGGAGUUCCUCACCUUCCACAGCCACGGCCUCUGUGGGGAGUUCCUCACCUUCCACAGCCACGGCCUCUGUGGGGAGUUCCUCACCUUCCACAGCCACGGCCUCUGUGGGGAGUUCCUCACCUUCCACAGCCACGGCCUCUGUGGGGAGUUCCUCACCUUCCACAGCCACAGCCUCUGUGGGGAGCACCUCACCUUCCACAGCCACAGCCUCUGUGGGCAGCUCUUCACCUUCCACAGCCAUGGCCUCUGUGGGCAGCUCCUUGCCUUCCACAGCCACAGCCUCUGUGGGGAGCAGAGCCACGACUCCUCCUGGAGAAGAGAAAAGUUCCACCAUGGACCAGGGGAUCAGAACAUCUGAGCCCACUGCCAACACCUCCCAUUCCCUCCCUUCCACAUCCUUGGCAACCCCAUCCACGACGAACCUUAGUAUAACAACAUCUGUUAAUCCUCCUUUUACUGGAACUUGCUCAACAGUGUCCAUCGAAGUUCAGGACGUGACUGGAGAAGAAAUACAGCUCAGCUGGACCAGUAGCAGCAAAGGCAGCCUCUACAACAUCUCUGUCAUGGAUGGAGAGGAGAUAAAUACAACAACUACAAAAGACACAAAAGCUGUGUUUAAAAACCUGCUUCCUGGCCAUGUGUACAACAUUUCUGUGGCAGUGUCAUCUUGUGCUAAUAAUCGUUCUUCAGUCACUGUCCGAACAGAUCCUACUUCCUGUUUCGAAAUAACUGAGUUUUGUUCAGCACAAAGUACUGGCUGUUCUGACUUAAAAGGCAUUGCAUGCUCCAGCCAAGCAUUUGCCUGCAGCGUUCGCCUAAAAAACGAGAUAUUUAAUAAUACACUUUAUAACUCUGCUAGUGAAGACUACAAAACAAUGUCUGAAAGGAUCAAAACAGAUGUUGUUGAAGGAAUUCAUGCUGAACUGCCACAGUGGAAUGACCCCUUCAAUAUUGUCAUGCUGGAUUUCAGACCUGGCAGCGUGGUUGCUGAUUUUCUCUUUCUGCUGCCAAAAGAAGCCACGGAUGUGGAGAAUAUACAGACCCACCUGAAAAAAGUAUUAAGGAACAAGUUUGGGCUGUUCCAAACUGAAGUGCAAGCUCUGUCUGUUCAGUCAUCAACUGACAACAGUUCUUCCUGGAGAGUAGCAGUGAUUGUCCUUGGAGUUUUACUUGGAGUUGCAUUAGUGCUGAUUCUCCUGGCAAUACUGUUUUACAUCUAUGUGAGGAGAAGAUCAGGUAUGGAAUUUCCCACAUUGUACACGUGGUAGAGUGAGGAACAGAGAAACUUCUCUUCAGCCUAUCCCCUAUAGGUACUGCAAUGACUCCUUGCACUGGCAAGCUAGAGAGACAGGAUCCAAACUACUCAAUACUGUAUUUAGGUGACACUGAAAACAGGGUGACUGAGCCUGGUAGCUCUGGCAGAUCACUUGAAUGCUCAGCUGAGCCCAGAGUCACCCUGUUGGGUUUUGUGCACUUGGCCAAGGGUGAUUUUUAUUUAAGGGAGACUUUUAUCACAAUAUAAAGAUGCCUUUUUCUCUCCUGUGACUGCAGAAUGAGCCCAGGGUAAUUAGCAUUCUAGCAUAUGCAACUUGAUUAGGAGUUUGGAGAAAAAUGGCUUACAUCUCAGUUAUGGGGGCUUGCUAUAGAAGUCUGGUGGACCAGAAACUUGAUUUGAACAUUUCUGAAUUCAAAGUUUCUUCAUUUGCUGGGCUGUGAAGGAAUAACUGCUUACAUGUGUGAAAUGUAUAGCAUGCUAAAUACAGGUGUGGUUCCACAGCAUAGUCUCAAUGUGUUAGUAGAUGGGGAAGGCAAACAUUAGAUUAAUUUGAGCUAAAAGUAUUUUUCUCACCUCUUUUUGCCUGUCAAAAAUGGUUGGCUGAGCAAGGAUGUGCCAUAUAGUGCAAUAUUGUCCUGCUCUUGAUAAUCCUAAAGUAGAGUCCAAGAGAAGAAACUCCUGUGGCAUUGGAGCAGACCUUGCCUUAGAUUUCUUCUAAUUGCUUUAGAGCAAUUAGAAGAAAUGACCUUUACCUUCUCCCACCACUCUUCACUGCAGUCCUGGAGAAGUUACAGUCUGUUUCUACCAUGGUGCAGUUUUUCCUGCUUGGACUGUGCUGAACAGAUGAUAAAGGGGCAGUUUACUGCUGUUCAUAUUUCCAGCAGGAUUUAUGUGUUUCAUUUCAAACCAGCUCUCCCUGUAUCUGUACAUUUUGUCAGUCUGCCUACACUCGGAAUUCCUGUUGAGGCACUGAGUAUCCCGUGAUGUUGAGGCCCUGGCUCACACCCCCUGAACACCCCUGUUUUUUGGGGAUUAGGUUAUGGUUAUUUGGCACAGCUUAGAGUGAAUUGGUGCCAGGACUGCAGCACAGGGUGGGAGCUCAUCAGAGUGGGGGGUUCACAAAGAGCUCUGCUCUGCUCCAUAUGCAGCCAGCAUUCAUUCUUUUCAUCCCUCCAUCCUUGUGCUCUAACACAGCUCCUGGCAGAGCCCUGCCGAGGACCCUGGCUGGAAUAUUAUUUUUAGUAGCAGGGACCUAUGAAACAGGGUCUUGCAUGCUCUCCCUUUCCCUCCAUGCAGUGUCAACUUGUCUAUCCUGAUUAGGUCUGGGGUGUGGAGUCACAGACACCUCACUGAUGGAAAGAGAGUGAUUAAUAUUUGUUAAACUUAUAUUAUAUGGCUUUUAAAUAUAGCUAGCUCUGGGUGUUCUACUCACUGAACAGUCACUCAACAAUGUAUUCUGUCAGUAAAUACAAGUUCUCUAGGGAGCUCUGUUGAAAAUACAAAUGAGUGCUCUUGCUUAUGUUAAUACUCUUUUAUUUCUUUUUUUGAGGGAUCUACUUUAAAUAGCAAAUCCUCAUUGUCAGUAAACCUUUCUGAUGUUCUUGUAAAUAGUGUUAAAUAGAGACCAUGUACAGCAGGCUUCAACAGUCCUGGGAUUGUUCAUACAAAAUGUAUUUAAUGUCUUUGGGGGAAAACAAAGUGGUAUUUUAAACUAUUUUCUCAAAGAUGCUUUAC